CCCAUUAUUCAAAUUCUUCUUGAAAAUAAACCCCAUUUCUGUACUUCUGUGACCUUCGCCGACAUGGAGUUUGCCUACUGGUCAUGGUCAAUUCUAUUCCAAUUCAUCCUACUCGGCUACGUCUUGCUUGCCCUCUGUUGUCUCCUCCGCCUCGUUUUGAAGGUUACCCGUGAAAUUUGGGGGUGCUACUGGGACACGAAAGCUGCCCUUCGAUGUCAUCUCUACUCCGAGGAGAAGAUUCGCCAGGAAAUGGACGACUUGACCGCGGCACGGGCCAAGUUUUGGGAGACUUUGGAGUCCUUCAAGGUCCAGAUUCGUCACCUCUUUGCUUUGGAGAUGAAAGUCUUGUUUCUACCGAAGGACAAGGCUGAGCAGUCGUCCUCUGAAUCGGAUAUUCCAGUAGUCGAAAAAUCCAGCAAAAAAGACAACUUGGUUGCCAAUCAAGAACCCACUUCCGGUCAUCAAAUCGUUCAACAGUCUGCCCUGGUUUCCGAAUUUGUCAAAAACGGUGUUCCAAUCACACAAAAUGUCGACAUUUUGGAAAAAUUUCAAUCCGACAUUGAGAAACUGGCCAAAUUGGCGAAAACAAUGCAGACCAGGUACAUCAAAAAGACCAACAGCAACAACAAACAAAACGGGGACGAAGACGAGGACAACUCGUCGUCCUACUUGACCAGCAAGUGUUCCAGCUCCAGCGCCACGGGGACCCCGACGACCACUUCGUCCGGAGGCAGUAGUCGCUCCUCGAGCCACGAACAGGUCCCCGUCGUCGCAACCACCACGGAACUCGAAGAAGAAGAAGAAGAAGAGGAGGAGGAGGAGGAGGAAGAAGAAGAUCCAUACUACAAAUAUUACUAA